AGGCACAAGAGCAAAAAAUGUGCUUAGCUUACCGCCCACUUAUUGCUAACAUAACUUAUAUUAUGUUACUUUCCUUAAAUAUUUAGCUUUUCUUGUCAUAUAGACUGUAUUCUCAAGUCUUCAUUCCCAUUUGAAAACUCAUUUUGAAAGUUAUGUGCUUAUAAUAGAUAGGUCUAUUAGAAGUUUUUGUUGGGCCAUGCUAGUAAGUGAAGAGGAAUGGAAACUGCAGAUCUUUUCAGUGAGCUUGUAGAAACUCAACAUCAUACGGAUCUACUUGAUAUCUUAAGAAACAAAAAUAACUCUAUGCACUUCUCAGUAACUGUCAACUUUGUUACCCUAUUUGAAACAAGUGCCCAGCUGGGAGAUGAUAUUCUAUCGAACCCCAAAGAUGUUCUGCCAUUAUGUGACCAGGCACUUGUUGCUGCACAACGCAAAAUUCUUGCAAAGUUUUCCGAACAAGAAAUCACGUCAGAGGGGCUUACAUUGAAGACUAAGGUCCAUGCCAGGCUUGCAGGACUUCCUGUGUGUCCAGAACUGAAUCGGUCAGUAUUUCCGGGAAAUGAGGACUUGAGCAGCUUCCUGAGAGUGACAGGAACUGUAAUCAGGACAAUGAUUCCAAAAGUCCUCGAGUAUAGAAGAAACUACUUUUGCCCCAAGUGUAAAAAAUCUACUCUUAUCGAGGCAGAGUACGAAAUGCACUAUGUUAUCCCGCAGCCCAAUGGUUGCCAAGUGACUGAAGGCUGCAAGGGUAUGCCAAGCGUUGUGAAGGCUGUUGAUGAUAACAACUUCAAAGAUUAUCAGGAGAUCAAAAUUCAGGAGCAAGUUACUAUGCUGAGCAUGGGUAGAAUCCCUCGAUCAUUGUGGGUGACACUGGAGGAUGAUUUGGUUGGCAUGUGCAAGCCAGGGGAUGAUAUUGUUGUUAGUGGCAUUUUAUUGAGAAGAUGGAAGCCAACAACCGUACCUGGCAGCCGAUUUGACAUCGAAUUGGUGCUGCUAGCCAAUCACAUUCAAGUGUGCAACGACCAUCGCGCCUCCAUGCUCGUAACACGAGAGAUAAGAGAUGAAUUCUCUGAAUUUUGGAAAUCGAAUGCCAGCUGUCCGUUUGAUGCCCGAAACCAGAUUUUAGCUUCGAUAUGUCCUCAAGUGUACGGACUGUACCUGGUGAAGUUGGCGGUGGGCUGCGUGUUGGCGGGGGGAGUGACCCGGGGUGGUGGCGAGGGUGGGGGCGGUGGCCGGGUUCGGGGAGAGUCCCACCUGUUGCUGGUGGGUGACCCGGGCACAGGAAAGUCCCACAUCCUCAACUUUGCGUCGCAGCUGUGUCCGCGCUCUGUGCAUACCACCGGAGUGGGCGCCACCACGGCUGGCCUCACUGUCAGUGCCAUUCAGGAAAAUGGCGAAUGGCAGCUUGAAGCCGGUGCUCUGGUUUUAUCUGAUGGAGGGAUCUGUUGCAUCGACGAAUUCAAUUCAAUUAGAGAACAUGACAGGACCAGCAUCCAUGAGGCAAUGGAGCAACAGACCAUAAGUGUUGCAAAAGCUGGUCUAGUGUGUAAACUGAAUACAAGAUGUUCAGUGCUGGCGGCAACAAACCCGAAAGGCCAAUAUGACAGAGAUCAGCCGAUGAGUGUGAAUGUGGCGUUGGCCAGCCCUCUACUCAGUCGAUUCGACCUGGUGCUCAUUCUGCUCGACUCCAGAAAUGCUGAGUGGGACAAAAUGGUUUCAAGUUUUAUUUUGAAAAACAAAGAUCCACUCUCUGACCGUUCCAUGUUUAGUCAGAAAACAUCACUGUGGAGUCUUGAAAAACUUCGAGCGUAUUUUUGUGUGAUCAAGGAGUUGGAGCCGACUUUCACGCCCAACGCCAACACAAUAAUCACCUCCUACUAUCAGGCUCAGAGAAAGGCUGAGUCGAGAAAUAAAGCAAGGACCACUGUUAGGCUACUCGAAAGUUUGGUCAGGUAA